GCAAAAUAAAAAACACAAAAUUAUUCCAUUCCAGAGUGUUUUUUUCUUUGUUGAGAAACCCUUCCAGAAUUUACUUACAAAAUUGUUUGUGACUUUGGUAGAUUUUGGAAGAGGAAAUCAUCAAAACAAAGAAUGAAAAAAUAGAAAUAGAAAGAAAUUAUUAAUUGAUUAUUGAUUAUAGUAGUUGGUUAUCGUUAAAACGCGAUUUCAAAUCUGGUAAUUAACAUUACCCUAUCACCCACCCACCCGCGCACACCUUACACUCACAUCAUCGCACACGAUUACACGCACACCUCAACACAAUGCAGAGACCUAUCAGAAACUCCCAAACUUGCACCUCCGAUAUCCUAACAUGGCCGGAAAAUUCACCUCCGCUCGCCGCCUCUACCCACCGCCCUCACCAGCCUUCAGAUAAAAUCGGUGAAGUUCUCCGUCGCGACAAGCUCACCGAUGAAGAAGCACAAAGCCUAUCCAAGAAGAAAACAAGCUCAGGGUAUAGAAUGAAAGAGUCAACGGCAAGUCGUAUAUUUUCAACCAAUACUGAGAAUACCACAUCAGAAGCCAAUUCUGCAAAUUCUAAAGACAGAACAGGCAUACGUGUAUAUCAGAAAACAACGAAUGGAAUUAGUCAGAUAUCAUUCAACACUGAAGAAAGCACUUCUCCUAAGAAGCCAACCUCUUUACCCGAGGCAGCAAAGCAGCGUGAACUUGGUGGAACAUUGCAAAAUGAACCAGACACAAAUAGUAAGAAACUGAUGUCAAGUUCCAAGACCAAGGAGUUCGGUGGAAAUGAUAUAUUUGGCACUCCUCGUGAAACUGUGCCUCGUCCAUUGGCUGUUGCACGCACUUUGGAUUCAAAAGUUUCCAGUCCUGCUGGUGGCCGAAGUAAUAUGUUAUUUGGCGAAGAAGCAGUUCAGAAGACCUCAAAGAAAAUACAUGACCAGAAGUUUGCAGAGCUGACGGGAAAUGAUAUUUUCAAGGGAGAUGUUACUCCAGGAUCAGUGGAAAAGCCUCUCAGCAUGGUGGCUAAACUUAGAGAAAUGGCUGGCAGUAACAUAUUUGCUGAUGGUAAGGCAGAAAACAUAGACCGUAUACUAGGUGCACGAAGAGAAAUGGCUGGCAGUGACAUAUUUGCCGAUGGUAAGGCCGAAAACAGAGAUCGUAUACUAGGUGCCCGCAGAGACCCUGGAGGAGGAAGCAACAUAUUUUCUGAUGGAAAGGCAGAAAACAGAGACCGAAUACUAGGUGCUCGCAGACCUCCCGGUGGAGGAAGCAGCAUUGUCCUGGAUUAAAAUUGAUUUUCAAGUUCCUCCAAUUCACUGUAUGGGUAUUAUGAAUUCCUUGAACUCCCAUGUUUUGACGGGAAGGAUCGGUUUGUUGGAUUGUCAGUAUUGUAUAGUGAUGCAGUGUAACUAGUUUGUGUUACCAUAAGGGUUGCAAAUGGUUAUUUAUUUUGAGACACACAACCAUGUUAAUAUUCUUCUGAUAAGAAUUUACUAUAAAUAAUACAAUUUCUUGUUCUA